CGUACACUCUUACACGAAGUUCUCCGUUUUUGAAGAGGCAAGAUGGCGGCCGAACCUAACGAAACCCUAUCCGGAGCUACUCUCCUCGCAAGAGCGCUAAGGGCUCAAGGAUGCGAGUACAUGUUUGGAGUUGUGGGUAUACCCGUCAUAGAAAUAGCAAUUGCAGCCCAAGCAGAAGGCAUUAAGUAUGUUGGCAUGAGAAACGAGCAAUCUGCUUGCUAUGCUGCCUCUGCAAUUGGGUAUUUGACAAGAAGGCCAGGGGUGUGUCUUGUGGUAUCUGGGCCAGGGUUACUACAUGCCUUGGGAGGACUAGCAAAUGCCACUGAAAAUUGCUGGCCUGUCCUGGUAAUAGGUGGCUCAUCAGACUUAGACCAGGAGGGUCAGGGAGCAUUCCAGGAGAUACCACAGGUUGAGGCUGCCAAACCUUACUGUAAAUAUUCAGCAAGACCAAGCAGUAUACACAGCAUUGGUUUCUUUGUUGAAAAGGCUGUUCGGACCAGUAUAUAUGGACGCCCAGGUGCUUGCUACCUGGACAUUCCUGGAAAUAUGGUCAACGAAGAGGUUCAAGCAUGUAAAGCAAAGGUGUUUUCUCAGUGCCCAGCCCCCCCGAAAUGCCUAGCUGACUAUAGUUCAGUGAAGCAAGCUGUGGAACUCCUCAGUAAAGCUGAAAAGCCACUUGUCAUUAUAGGGAAAGGAGCUGCUUAUUCCCAUGCUGAGAGACCACUUUUAGAGAUGAUAGACAGAUGCAAGCUACCAUUUCUUCCCACUCCCAUGGGCAAGGGAGUUAUCUCGGAUGACCAUCCCUUAUGUGUUGCCCCAGCCCGGUCUCUUGCCUUGUCAAAUGCUGAUGUUAUUUUACUAUGCGGAGCAAGACUCAAUUGGAUGUUACACUUUGGUAAAGCUCCAAGAUUUAGAAAGGAUGUCAAAUUCAUUCAGGUUGAUAUCCAUGCAGAGGAGAUGGGUAACAAUGUCUCAUCUGGUAUUUUCCUGUAUGGUGAUCUCCCUGGAGUUAUUGAACAGAUAACUGAAAGAAUUACAAAAAGAGGCAACAUUAUGCAAGCAGAGAAACUGUCUGAAUGGACUGUUCAACUUAACAAAAAGUCAGAGAGGAAUCUUAUGAUGAACAAAGAGCUCUCAUCAGUGGUCACUGUUCCAAUGAGCUACUACCAAGCAUAUGGACAGAUAAAAAAAUUCCUUCCCCAAGACUGCUUUAUUGUUAAUGAGGGAGCGAACACGAUGGAUAUUGGCCGAACAAUGAUGCCAAACCAUUUCCCAAGAAGAAGGCUAGACGCUGGAACGUUUGGUACAAUGGGUGUUGGCACAGGGUUUGCCAUCGCAGCAGCCAUGCUGGCAGAAGGUCAGGCUGAACAGCGGGGCUUACCUGCAGAAAGGGUUGUGUGCAUACAAGGAGAUAGUGCAUUUGGGUUCUCAGGGAUGGAACUUGAAACUUCAUGCAGAUAUAACCUUCCGAUUGUGUUUAUUGUCAUCAAUAAUAAUGGGAUAGGCACUGGUAUGGACCAAGACUCUUGGGAUGCUAUCAAGAAACCAGCAUUAGAAGCCCUUCCCAUGGCAUUAUCUCCAAAUGCAAGCUACGAAAAAAUGAUGGAGGCAUUCGGAGGCAAGGGAUAUUGUGCCCAGACAUCAGCUGAGCUACACAAGGCCCUAGAACAAGCCUUUUACAAUACCGCUACUACAUGCAAGCCAGCCCUGAUAAAUGUGAUUAUUGAUACUUCAGCUGAUCGUAAACCACAGGAUUUUCACUGGCUGACGCGGUCUAAGAUGUAAUGCCGUGCCACAACAGCAGGGAAACAUGCAUCAGUGAAUCAGCAUGAAGAGAGAAAACAAUUCCAAGAAACAUUAGCAUCACUCACUCGAUGAUGUAGUACACCCAAAUAUACAAAUACUACUCAAAAUAAAAGUAUUUUUAUUGGAAUAAAAUCUAUUUGUAAAUUU